UCAAAUCAGAGUAUAAAGCAUUCCCUCUGGCUGAUGGAAUCUGGAAACUUUCGCGCUCUGAGCAUAUAGUAUCUGCUUUGUUCCUUGGCGAACAUCAAGCUCAAGGUUUUGGCGGGACUCAUUGUCAUUGAAACAGGAUGCCUCGGUAUUACUGUGACUACUGCGACACCUAUUUGACCCACGAUUCUCCAUCUGUUAGAAAGCAGCACAAUGCAGGUUACAAACACAAGGCAAAUGUGAGAACCUACUACCAACAAUUUGAAGAACAACAAACACAGAGUUUAAUUGAUCAGAGGAUCAAAGAACAUCUUGGGCAAGCUGCAGCGUUUCAGCAGGUUGGUGUAGCUUAUAAUCAUCUGAUGGUUCAGAGGCCAAACCUUCCUCCUGUGUUGCCACCACCAAGACUGCCUAUUCCUGGAAAUGCACAAGUACCUGGAAGCCAACCCCUAAUGCCAGGGAUGAGACCACCUGUCUUUCCUAGACCACUUCCUGGGGCACCAGGAUAUAUUUCUGCACCUACCAUGCCUCCAAUGUUACCCCCACCUGGUGCUCCCCAGGUGCCGAGUCAACUUAGUACCCUACCAAGGCCCCCUUCAUUAGCUCCCCCUCCAACUGCUCCUGGUAGCACUGCUGCCCCAACUUCCAAUGGUGCUCCCUCGUCAGCAAUGUACCAAGCCAAUCCACCAGCACCAUCAUCUGGAGGUUAUGAUAAUUACAAUGCCAGUGCUCAAGCACCUGAGGGCAAUCACUGACCUCGUUAAACUUUUCUCUCUGCAUAAUGCUCUCUAUUGGAAUCUUAAGACUAGAGCUAUUUGUGCUUUCCCUACCCGCCGUUCAUCAAACGAGGACUUGCCAUUUGUAUAUGUAGAGUAAUCAUUGGUAUGUAGCAUGUCCAUCAGCUCGAAUGCAGAAAAAAAAUCUUAUAUGUUUUUGAUGGAA